AUGCUGUUAUGGUUAACAAUCACGGUUAUCCAAUACUUAACAUCAGUUAGUGCAUUUAUAAUCCCCCAAACCAAAAAUACAACAUAUUUAUUCACGGAUUCCCCUAAUUAUCGUAAUCGAUCAAGACUUUUUUCAAAUGAAAAUCCAGACUAUCCUGGUUCAGAAUUAGUCUUCAAUAAACGAUUCCUAUUCAAUCCAAGAACCACAAAUCUCUCUUUCGAAGAUGGAUUGAGCCGGAGGGUUGAUUUUUUUGCGAGCUCUCAGUGGCAAACUGUAAUAAUGCAUAGAAUUAUGGCAAUAUUUGUGGCCAUAUGUGUAGUAGGAUGUUUUUACAAAAUUUUGGAUCUUUUCAGAUCAUUUGUUUCAUCACAACACAGGAAGUUGAAGGAAGAGGAAUCGCUGCUACUAAGUUCGCAUGGAUUUGAACAAUAA